CAUAAUACAACAAUGUACAACACUCAUACACAAUACAACAAUGUACAACACUCAUACAUAAUACAACAAUGUACAACAACAUACAACACUCAUACAUCAUACAAUAAUGUACAACAUACAACACUCAUACAUCAUACAAUAACAUACAACAACACACAACAUACACCACUCAUACAACAACAUACAACACUAACAUCAACAGCAUUAACAUAAACUAUAGCUUGUCGAGCGUAAAACGUAAUGUGUGCUUGACAACUUCUUUCUCCUGGUGUCUUCCUUGCACCGACAGUAGAGCAAGAACAGAACAACACACACAGAAACACACAAAACAGGUUGUCUGAGACUGUCAGCACCAAAAACAUGGACUGUCUGUGUGAACUGAACACGAACACUAUCUGGAAUGUACCUGUUGCCUGCCUGCUUAUUGUUAACAAGCCAAGGGAGGAUUCAGCGGAGAGACUUCACCCAUAGCAGCGAAACCAGAGGAGCAAAACCCCAAAAUGCCCCCAGGCAAAACCAACCUCAACAAAGAAUGGACCAGCACUCUGCCUUUUCAGACUCAGUGAGGCAGUGCAUUUUGUGAUUAAUGAGAUAUGAGUACUUUUGUUGAGGGAGCCUUUUAUACUGUAGCCUUUCCAUUCACUGUCACACUCUGUCCCAAAUGGCACCCUCUUCCAUUUAUAGUGCCCUAUGGGUCAUGGUCAAAAGAAGUGUUCAAUUUGGAAUGCACACACUGAACAUGGAGUGUUAUCUCAUUCAGAGAGUAGUGUUAUCUCAUUCAGAGAGUAGUGUUAUCUCAUUCAGAGAGUAGUGUUAUCCCUUUCAGAGAGUAGGUUUGUAGGGUUUAGCAGUGUGAACAUGAAUGUCUGCCUCUAUAGAGGGAAGUGUUCAUGUUGUAUUGUUACAGGUGCUAAAAAUAGCAAGCCUCUUACUAUGUCAGACUGAGUUGUUCUCCAGGGCUUGGAGUAAAGGAUCAGGUUGGAAGGGUUUGCGAAUUAUUAUGCAACAUUUAAGGAUUGGUUUCCUGGACAUAGAUUAUGCUUAUUCUUGGAUUCAAAUGUUUUAGUCCAGGUCCAGGCUUAAUCUGUGUCUGGGAAACCAGCCCUACAACAUGUUGCUGGGUCUUAUACUACACAGGAAGUAAUCCUACUACACAUAUUUCAUAAUGCCAUACAAAAAAAUUUUAACACUACAGUUUAAAUAUAAUUAAGAAAUAAGGCCUGAGGGGGUGUGGAAUAUGGCCAAUAUACCACAGCUAAUGGCUGUUCUUAAACAUGACGCAACGCGGAGUGCCUGUAUACAGACAGCCCUUAGCCGUGGUAUAUUGGCAAUAUACCACAAACCCCUAAGGUGCCUUAUUGCUACCAACUUAAUUAGAACAGGUCAAAUACAUGUUUGUGAUACCCAUGGUAUAUGGUCUGAUUUACCACGGCUUUCAGCCAAUCAGCAUUCAGGGCUCGAACCACCCAGUUUAUAAUAUGUAAUUAUGUGCACAAAAUAAAUUCAAGAAUGGAUUCAUUCAGCUAUAUACUGUAACAUUGGACCAUACAAGCUAUGCAAUUGACAAUAUCAAGUAUUAUGCCUUGUGCAUUAGCCUUUGCAUUAUGCAUUGAUUGGGUGUUUAAUUUAAUUUUACUAUUUUUAUUUCCUUAGGGGCAAUUCAUGGGAUUCGUUAGUUAUAUAAUCUUACUAGCGAGUUACCUUAAAUCACCCUCAUGUAUAUAAACUGCACACAUGAGCGCUAAAGACGUCAAGGAAGUCACGUGAGUCGCGAGCACUGCAGCUGUGGGCAAGAAAAGUUUUGAGAGGGUGGCAACUGGCGAGAAUGACGCGUGACUGUCUUACAGUAGAUCAAACACGCAUACUAGCAGUCCACAGAGCUGUCCAGUGCAAAUCCUGAUAAAUCCAUGUAGACUAUGACAAGAUAUGAUUUAGAAUACCUUUAUAAAGUCUAACAGUGGAGUAUUUAGAGGGAACAUGUAAGUAGCCCUUACGUGGUGGAUCACUUGGUGGAUACUGGAUAGAAACAUUCCCUCGCGCAAAAGUCCACCUGCGUAAUUUUGAUUUAUGGAUUAAUGCUUUUAGCGCAAAAACCAAUACUCGCUGCUUUUUGGCUGGUUCGAGGGGGUGACCACCACCACCUCUUGAAUGACCCGCUGUGAAGGAAUGAGUGAUGCCGGACAGAGGAUGUAACAUCUGGAGUCUGGUGGUACUGUCGGUGUUGGAGAUGGGGCUCGGUGCGUCCAGCAUCGCGCUCGGGGUGUUCGGCAUCAUCCGAGUCCGGUCGGUUCACAAGCUGCAGCUGGGGGAUGCCUCUCCUAUAUGGAGCGGAAUUUGUUUUCUCAUCUGUGGACUAUGUGGGAUGGUGUGUGCGAAGAAGAGGUCAGGAUUGAUUAUGAUCCUAUUUUCAGCCUGCUGUAUCUGUGGGUUGAUCAGUGGGAUCCUAAACUUCCAGUUUGUGCGUGUGGUGGCAAAGCGUCCCGAUGCCUUGCCGUCCCUCUACCUGGCCAUCAUGGUGAUGGCCUGCCUGGGCAUCGGAGUGUCCAUCCUGUUUACCUGGCUCACCUGUCGUCUGGCCAGCAGCGAACAGCAGAGGAUGUACCUGGAGAGAGAGCUGUCCCUGCACCACUCCCAUGAGAUGAAUGAAAAGGAGUUGGCUGAGAGAUCUGAGAGAGCAGCCAGCAUUCCCCAGAUCUCCUUCAAUGGAAAGUCCUCACCUCCAUUGUCAUUAGGCUGAAGCCCAGCUGUGUUACUGUAUUCAAAGCAACAUGGAAACAAUGUUGGUUCCAUACAACACCAAUGGUUGCAGGGGACGUGAUCUCUUGCAAUUAACUGAUACACAAAGGAAUCAACUGAAGUUACGGCAACACUAUGAGAAGGCGCUGUGAGAUUUGACAAUCGGCUUACCAGUGACGAUGUAGGCUGAAUGAUGCACCUGGAUAGUCCCCAGACAUGGUUUUGGGGGACAUGGAAACAGCAGAUAGAGGGGACAAAGCUAUGGCACCUCCAAAGGCUCAAAAAGAACAACUAAACCACUUGAGAUUGUCAGUGUUGAGACAGUGAAAGACAUAACUGCUUCAGGGUUUGACUGGUCAUAGAGAUCAUGUCAUACAGUGGAAGUGGUUUCCAGUACUAUUAUUUAUUUUAAUGAUUAUUUAUUAUUUAAAUAUAUGUGUGUUUAUUCAUAAGCAUGCAAAUAUAAUAACAUCCCAUCUGUGAUAGGUUUUUACAAUUUAGAGCAUUAUAAUGAAUUAAAGGUUUAAUGAUGGUGAUGGAUGAUGACUACGAUGGAUGAUGAUGAUGAUGAUGAUGAUGACUACAGUGGAUGAUGAUGUUGAUGGUGAUGAUGUUGAUGGCUUUAUUGUAUCCAUUAGGAAAUUCAUUCUAUAUGAAUUAGUAUAUUUUGCAGCAGACCACCACCAGUAGGAGGCAGUAGUGAUAGUUAUAUUUCCCCACUAGAGGGAGCACUCCAUCUUUUAAAUUUAUUUUCUUACCAAACGGCACCCUAUUACCUACAUAGUGCACUACUUUUGACCAGAGCCCUGUGGUCAAUAGUAGUGCACUAUAUAGGGAAUUGGGACUCAGAUGUUGAAUCUUGUAGUAGAACAUUUGAACAGCAUAAUAAAUAUGGAAGGUUAUGGAUAAAUGAGCAGAGUGUUGCAGACAGAUUGAAAUUGCAGUCCUACUUCCUGUGUAUCCCUGAGCAAAGCCCUUAACCUGAA